GUUCUACAGAUCUUCAUCCGCGGUUCUGCUCAGAGACCGAAACCUGAGUCCACCUGCAGAUCCUUACACGUCUGUUUUGACAGUCCUUAAUAUUUUUCCACUGAAAUACGUUCAGGAAAUUCGCUGAAACGUCCUCUCGUUAAGUUUUUUCUUUUGUUUCGCACUGUGGCGCAACACCACCACGCGCGUUUAUGCCGCGAGGUUUGCCGCAGCGCAGCGAUUAGGCGCCUCCGCAGAAAGUAGGUCCGACACGCACCACGCACGAGCGCAGGCAGCGGUUUGAAGCUCACCUGCUCGUGUCGUGGAGUGUGGACGCCGAGGAAGUUUCUUGUGCUCGUGACUCUGCUCGCACUCUCAAAGAAGAAGAGGAAAAAAGAAGAAGAGGAGCUAAUAACUGGGAUUACGUUCUGCUUCUAUAACUUUAGAUUGGGAAAAUGCCCCCAUCGUCCAACUCCCUCCCCACAGAGACCCUCAUCUCCAAUCCUUUUCCGUGGGACUUUUUCUCCACCAGCUUUCAUCCCACAGAGCCGUACGGGGCAGAUAUUUUCUCCGUCGGAAACAGCAGCAGCGUCGCUGAGACGGCCUCUCCUCGUUGCACCUACAAGGAAGACUUCAAGCAGAUUCUACUUCCUGCGGUGUACUCCAUCGUCUUCCUGCUCGGCUUCCCACUCAAUGCUGCUGUCAUUCUGAAGAUAUGGAGGACUCGACCCAAUCUGUCCAGGAGCAACAUCUACAUGCUCAACCUGGCUUUAGCAGACUUCUUGUAUGUGAUGUCACUUCCUUUACUCAUCUACAACUACGCCAGCCACGACUACUGGCCCUUUGGGGAGUUCACCUGUAAACUAGUCAGGUUUCAGUUCUACAGUAAUCUCCACGGCAGCAUCCUGUUCCUCACCUGCAUCAGCAUGCAGCGCUACAUGGGCAUCUGCCAUCCUCUAGCUGUGUGGCACAAACAGGGAGGUCGCAAGAAGGUGUGGCUCAUCUGCGGAGGGGUGUGGCUGCUGGUUAUCACCCUUUGCGCGCCAACGUUUUAUUUUGCUUCAACCGGAACCCAGCGAAACCGCACGGUGUGUUACGACCUAAGCACGCCGCAGCGCUCCGGCGACUACUACCCGUACGGCUUGGCUCUGACACUGCUAGGCUUCCUGCUGCCCCUCAUAGGAGUGAUGGUCUGCUACUGUCAGAUGGCCCGCAUCCUCUGCCGCCCGGUGUCCCACCAGGGCGUCCCCAUGGCAACAGGGGAGAAACGGGACAGGGCUGUGAGGAUGAUCAUUGUUGUGGCGUCUGUGUUCUGCGUGAGCUUCCUGCCCUUUCACCUCACCAAGACCGUCUAUCAGGUGGUGCGCACGUUGCCCCACGCCUCCUGUGAGACCAGGAACCUGUUCUCCAUCAUUUAUAAAAGCACCAGGCCGUUUGCCAGCAUGAACAGCUUUCUGGACCCCAUCCUGUUUUACUUCACUCAGCCGCGCUACCGCCGCAGCACCAGGAGGUUGCUGCUCAGGGUCACAGCAAGGGGGGACAAAGCCCCCCCAACAGGAAGCAGAUCCUACAGCGCCGCUGUGUCAAAGUCCUGAUGCUGCAAAGUGUGAAGUAGCUGCUUUUUAACAGGUGAUGCUUCAGUCUGGAGCCAACAAACUGAUGCUUAGUUCAGCUUAAAAAACAUAGCACUUCUGCAUCUCUUUAUUGUAGAUAUGAGCUUUAAAAUACAGAACAACUGAAGUCUUUUCUCUGUGAAAAACAACCUGCUGCAAAUGUAAUGUGGGGGCAGAAAUGGCAGAUGGAGGAUCCUGCUAUUGACUGGGCCUCUGAAUUCAGAGCAUCUUCUGACAAAAACACAGUGAUGUUCAUUAUCGUUAAAUCCUUUAAGAUCCUAUCAGUUUACUUUUCUGUAAACUGAUGGAAAAUAAAGAAAAAUAUUCUUUACUGUUUUUAUAUUUCAAAUCCAAAUCAGCAAAAAUUAGAAAAAUUGAAACAUUAAAUUAGAAAAAGUGUGAGGCCACAGCGCAGCCCUCAUGUAAAAUAAUAAAAGUUUUUCCAUUUUGUAACAAAGGCAGAAUUUAGAAACACUGAAAUGUUAAUGUGCUGCAAACGUAUCUUCUGUGUUAUUGAUUUUGUUUAAGCUAAAUGCAGAGUGAGAGGACAAAUACAGAUGUUUUUUUAAUGAAACAUCUAAAAUACUUAAGGAUAUUCGUGGUUUAUCUUGAUAUGGAAAGAAAAACCUUUAAAGCACUCAGAAAAAUUGAUGAUGAAAGUUGUAAAAUGUUGAAUAUGAUGGUAGUUUGUGUUUUUCUCUCUACCUGUUGUUGCACAAUUCCACCACUGGGUGGAGCUCUCAUCUCUGUGUUGAAGUGAUGGACAAACAUUGAGACCUUUUCUUCUGUGACAUCUACAUGUUGGAGUCAUCAGGGUGGAUUGUUUCCACGGAGCUGAAGGAAAGCGUUUGGUGAGGAUGGGGAACCAUCAUUGAUUUAUUUCAUCCUGAUUCUGAGGCUGUCAGGAGAAAUGGCCUAAAAUUCAGCUAUUUAUAAAACUGAAGGAUUGUUUUAUAAUGUCUGACCUAUUAAGAUCUGCAGAGUGCACUGUGAGUAUUUAGCUGCAUGGUAGAUGCAUCUGGAGGCCACAUCUGUCUUCAGGUCAGACAGGUGAGGAGGGGGGCCUGAUGGAGACCAAGUUUUUCCUGCAGCAGCUUCAUCAUAUUUAUUGUGUCUGUGAGUUCAGCCUCCUGACAGUCAUGUGAUGUUGGUGCAUCUUAAUUGCAGCAAAUGUUUGGAAACUCUGAGCUUUUUGUACUUGAACGUUGUGUUGACCUGCUAUGUGUCUAAGCAUUGUAAAAGUGUGUUAUCGUGAACUGUGUGUGUUGUGCUGCUGGCUUCAGCAAAAGCUAAAGUAGCGGUUUUGGGUCAAAUGUUGUUUGUAACAAACUGUCAUUUUAUGAAAAAAUAAAUCCAGCCAGUAUUAUAAAGUUAUUUUAGACUUUUAUUUUUGCAAAAAAAAACUUUUGCAAAUUGCAAAGUUGUCACUGUGAGGCCAUUGAUGCUUGUGUGAAGAUGUUUUGUUCUUUAAGGCGAUUCUUACUGAAAGAAAGCUAAUAAAAGUAUUACAGUGCAAA